AUGCAGGUCUUGCGCCCACUCUCCGCGACAUUGUCCGCCCCGCCAGUCACGUCAGCAUUGCAACGCAGCCAAAGGUCCGCUGCCGCAGCUCUCACCUUCCAAGCUCAUAGGCGACAGCGGCGCACUUUUGUAUCCAACCCUUUCAGCGCACCGCAAACCCUUACCGCAUCACGCACCCUCCAGUAUCCCAGCAGUCUCAUCUAUGAGGUGAUCUCAGACGUUGGCAGCUACAGCACAUUCCUCCCAUACUGUCAAGAGUCCGUCGUGACGAAACAGUCGCAACCAGCCUCAGACGGAAAGCAAUACCCUGAAGAAGCGAAGCUAGUAAUAGGGUUCAAUGACAGCGUGAGCGAGACCUUCACAAGCAGAGUCUACUGCGUGCCAGGGCUUUCGGUAGAGGCGGUAAGCGGGGAGACCAACACGACAUUGUCGCGAAGUGCUACACAACAUCACUCGCAAAGACCUUCCCCGGACACGGACCCAAGCAGGAAAGCAACGGUACUACGACACCUUUUGACCAGAUGGACGUUGAGAGAUGAGCUCCCCGCGCAACCGAAGACAGAGGUCAACCUGCAUAUAGAGUUCCAAUUCGCGAACCCGGUCUAUGCGGCCUUGAGCUCGGCCGCAGCGCCAAGGGUAGCGGAAAAGAUGAUUGAGGCGUUUGAGCGAAGAGUCAAAAGCGUCAUUGAGGGCCCUGCGAGCGUGAAGGGUGCCAGUGCAAAUAGGGAAGGUAUAGUCAACAUGAAAGUGUAG